CUCCCAGACACACACACAAACAUAUACACACAAUGCAUACGCUGCACCAGAAGGGAAACAUGCUGCUUUGUCAGCUCUUCACACCCCUUAGCACAUGCAUGUAUAUUCUGUAACUCAUUGGGAAAUCUGCCAUCUGCUCUCAUAACAAAGGAAACUAGGUGAAUCCUUUAACCAGUGCUGUUUGCAGAGCCCAGAUUGUAGGGUUUGCAGAUUGCAUUCAUCCGGAGGGGGGAAAGAAAGCUUGUCGGGAGGUGGUGCUGAAAGACAGCUCCCUCUCCUACUCGGUUCAACGCUGCACAGAGAAUAGGAGAGGUAUGGGAGGGACGUGGUGCUGAAAGAACAGCUCCCUUGCAUUGCAGAAGGUGUAAUCGAACUCGUGAACUGACAAGAGAUUCUUUCUGUACUCAGUGUUCCAUCCAUGAUUACAAUGUAACCCCUCACUCUUACUAGCACAUACGAUGCCCAGCACAUGCCUUUACCUACAGCAUCAGAUGCCUGUUGAACCAAAUACCUGGUUCCAAUAGUCCUGCCUGGCACUGGAUCUGAAGGGUCAGCUCCCAAUGUUUCCCUUCCUUUUGUCUCUCCCACCCUGUGACAAUCCUGCUUGUUCCUUGCACUAGGCGCUGCUGUCUGCUGGGGACCGGUGUAAAUGCUUGAAUUAAGUUGGGAUGCCCUGAUGCUGUGUCUCUCAAGAUUUCAUGGCGGUGGCACGGAAAAUCAAAACUUUGCUGACUGUGAACAUACUGGUGUUUGUGGGGAUCAUUCUGUUUUCGGUGUACUGCAGAAUACAAGACAGGUCUCAAGAACUGGUGCAAAUCGUGAGAAGUUCUGAUCGCAGAGUGAGGAGCAGAAACACCAAAGUGGGGGCUUUGAUUGACCGGGAAUCUAUCCUGCAAAGACUGGACCACCUGGAGGAAGUAGUUUACAACCAACUAAAUGGUUUAGCAAAGCCUAUGGGGCUUGUGGAGGGACCAGGGGGACUUGGACAAGGAGGAAUGGCUGCUACUUUAAGAGACGAUAGCCAUGAAUCAGAGACUAAAUAUGAAGAAUACGGUUAUAAUGCACAACUCAGUGAUCGCAUCUCUCUGGAUAGAUCAAUUCCAGAUUACAGGCCCAAAAAAUGUAAACAGAUGAGCUACCCAGACGGCUUGCCACAGAUUGCAGUGGUCUUUAUCUUUGUAAAUGAAGCUUUGUCUGUCAUCCUGCGGUCAGUGCACAGCGUGGUCAACCACACUCCGUCCCAUCUCCUGAAGGAGAUCAUACUGGUGGAUGAUAAUAGUGACAAUGUGGAAUUAAAAUUUAAUUUGGACCAAUAUGUGAAUAAGAGAUACCCAGGAUUGGUGAAAAUAGUGCGCAAUACUAGAAGAGAAGGGUUGAUUCGAGCUCGGAUACAAGGAUGGAAAGCAGCGAAUGCACCGGUUGUUGGAUUUUUUGAUGCUCAUGUGGAGUUCAACACAGGCUGGGCUGAACCCAUCAUAACACGAAUUAAAGAAGACCGAAAACGAGUGAUUUUACCAGCAAUUGACAAUAUCAAAUACAAUACUUUUGAAGUACAACAGUACGCCAAUGCAGCACACGGUUAUAACUGGGGUUUAUGGUGCAUGUAUAUCACCCCGCCACAGGACUGGCUAGAAAAAGGAGAUGAAUCAGCCCCAAUCAGAACUCCAGCAAUGAUCGGCUGCUCUUUUGUGGUAGACAGAGCAUAUUUUGGAGAUAUUGGACUUCUGGACCCUGGCAUGGAGGUUUAUGGUGGAGAAAACAUAGAACUGGGCAUGAGAGUAUGGCAGUGUGGUGGAAGCAUGGAAGUUCUGCCUUGCUCCAGAGUGGCCCACAUUGAGCGCACAAAGAAGCCUUAUAAUAAUGACAUUGACUACUAUGCAAAGCGCAAUGCCCUGCGAGCUGCUGAGGUGUGGAUGGAUGAGUACAAGUCUCAUGUGUACAUGGCAUGGAAUAUACCCAUGACAAACCCUGGAGUGGACUUUGGUGAUGUCUCGGAACGGUUGGCUCUUCGACAGAAACUACAAUGUCGCAGCUUUAAAUGGUACCUGGAGAAUGUGUAUCCAGAAAUGAGGGUAUACAAUAACACCAUAACUUAUGGAGAGCUACGUAACGGCAAAGCUACUGGUUACUGUUUGGAUCAAGGUUCGGAAGAUGAUAAUAAAGCCAUCCUGUACCCUUGCCAUGGCAUGUCCUCGCAGCUGGUACGUUACAGCACAGAAGGGCUCCUGCAGCUCGGCCCUCUGGGUUCUACAGCCUUUUUACCUGAUACAAAGUGUCUGAUCGAUGAUGGCAAAGGAAGAACCCCAACCUUAAAAAAAUGUGAUGACAUUCCAAGGCCUACACAAAAACUGUGGGAUUUCACACAAAAUAGCCCCAUAGUCAGCAGAGACACCGGUCGCUGUCUGGAAGUUGAGAUGUCUAAAGAUGCAAAUUUUGGACUCCGGUUGGUAGUGCAAAGGUGCUCAGGACAGAAAUGGGUAAUAAGAAACUGGAUAAAACAUGGGCGGAAUUGAUGUUUAUGUCAGCUUAGACUUAAGAUACACACAAGGUAAUGCUUCCUUGGAUUAAUAGGGAGAAAGAGGACAUUUUGUACCAUUUGUUCAUGGACCUCUGGAGAAAGACAUGAUAAUGGACCUUCCACCAAGUGGACAUGGCUGUUAUGGAUCUUUUGUUGAAUCACCAAACAAAGGGACAGACAGAGCCUAAUAAAACAGGUUUAGAAGCUUGAAUGAUGUAUUAUAGGUUUGCAGAUGGAUAUGGGUGAAAAGCUCUCUUCUGCUGGUAGAAUUUGUGUUACAGACUGGUGCACAAUUCCUACAAUGAAUUAUCAUGUGCCUUUUUAUUGUACUUCCUAUACAAUAUUACAGAGUAUCCCUCACAUCAGCAUGUGUGAAUAAAUGUGCAAAUUAAUAUGUAAAUAAAUUGCAAAUGUUAUUAAGCAAUAAUCACCAGUGGACAAGGUAUGUGUUUAGAGGUAAUACAUAUUGCUCUAUUUAUAAUUUAACAACUUCAUGACAAGGAUUUUGGUCAAUCCUAAUAUAGUAUGACAUACAUGGUUUGUUGUUGGUCGUUAACAAGUUAAGACAACAGAAAAGUGUAGUGCAUACAGCUGCAAAUCCCUCAAACUUGGACUUAGUUUCAUCGAAAGUUUGUGAUAUCAACAGACAAACAUAUUUUUCUUAGCAAAAUUGACGACUGCUAAUCUAUGUUAUUGAUCAUAAUAUAUCAAUCCUGUGCAUCUACAACCAAAUUGUAGAGACGAGUCCAGUGCUUUCCUUCUGCAAUGUCUACAUUGUAGUCUGGUACAAAGGGAGCAAGAGCUGUGUCUUCAGAUAAACAGAUCUUUCCUCCCUUUGUACCAUUACCAUUCCCAGUACUUAAAACCAAAGGUUCAAGGUUUUAUCAUUAUCCUGACACCAUAAGUUGUUGGUGGGGAGUGAGACCAAGAAACAUUUUAGAGGGCAUGCAGUGAAUUCAGCAAAUCAGUAGACUCCUUAUUUGUAGAACACAUUGACAUUUAACAUAACUGCAUCACACUUUAAUGCAAUUGCAUUUUUUUUUUUUUAUCGUAAGUGGAAAUCCAAAACUUGUUUUACAGUUAUUUGGUUAAUUUCCCAUUGACACUUAACUACUAACCAUGUGUAUGCAUCAAGUUUCAUGCUUUCCCCAUCAUCUAUGUAAAAGGUGAAACAUAGUAAUAGUAAUAGCAAUAUGAAAUACGCAAAUUAUCAGUCCCCCCAAAAAAGAAAAAGAAAAGGCACUUUGAUAGGCUUGUAAAAAUAUAGCUGUGUUAUUAUUAUUCCAUGUUAAAUAUCAGUCAAAAGGGCAUAGGAGAAAAAUACCUGCCAUACAAUGCUUUCAAUUUUCAGAUAACUAAGAUACUUCUUAAAAGGAACAAUUGUGUAACUGUUAUUUUCUUCCUUUUUUCUGGCCUGUAACCAUGUCAAUUUUAAGCAUGGGAAAUUAAAGUAAAAGUAUAUUUACAAAAGUCACUCAAGUUACCUUUUCUUUAUUCUUAAAUAGAGCCAGUGGAGGCUUGUGUUUUUUUUUCCCUAUGGGGGUUUAGUUUAAGUUCGGAGUCCACUACAUCCACAUGCUGCUGAGGUUCCUAUGAUAGAGUAUCUAUCCAAUGGCUCACAAUAUCUCACAUCAGAUAAAACGAAUAAAUACCACCCCUGCCCCCCCUGCAGUACAGUAACUAAUAUCACAACACUAGGGACACAACAGCCAUAUGCAAUGUGCUACUAACCAAAAAGUGACUGAUUUAGUUCUAUAAUGACCUCUCUCCACUAAGAUAAAUUCUCUUACUUGUAAGUGGUAUAAAUAAUACUCACAAAUAGAGUAAUUGUUAAUCAAAUUGUGAAAGCUUUUGAGAAAACAAAUCUGAAGCUAUAAGGCUAAGACAGAUACCUGUUCAAAAUACAAUAAAGAUUGAACUUAAAUUAAGCUGUACAUACAAAAAUACAUUAAGACAAUUUUAAGAAGAUAGAUAGGAAAUUCAUGAAACUUUCUUUCAAGACUGAGGUAAGUUGGCAUUUUACAAAAGAUAUAGCAGGUUUAGCGCUGAUCAACCAGAUAAGGCAGGGCAGUAAACCAAAAAGGGGGAUCCCUCUAACCUUUUUUUAGAAUUAACAGAAAUAAACAAAAACAAAAAGGUUGCGCUACAAGAACACAAUAAAAUACUGUUGUUAGUAAUCAAAUCAAAUAAUCCAGAAUAAAAAGGAAAACCCAUUUAAUUUAAACCCAUGCAAUAUAAGUUCUUGGGUAGAUGGUAAAGGUAGAUGGUAGAUUCUUCUACUGGAAAGUAGGUUCCUUGGUAAAAUCCGUAAAGAUAUGUAAAACAGAAAGAACAGGAAAUCCAAUAGUGCAA